AUGCCAAAACCACACCAAAUCCACCCUAGCACUCACUUGCAGGAUAUACUUUCGGCACGCCGAGUGCGAGCGAAAACCAUCUCGUCAUCCAUAGCUCCGAGCGCACCAUCGACCCCAACAAAGGAGGUUCGCGAAGAAACACCCCCAGAGCAUAUGCCUGUACUUCGUUCCCGACGCCACAUGCGCAGGAGUGCGGGGCGGCCUAGAUUGGAGGCUGCUGGUGAGGCUAUUCUGUCUGAGUACCGUCGAGAUCAAAUUCGACGCGCCCAGCGAACUUAUAGGUUGAAGAAAGAAGCCACACUGGAGAAGGCCAAGGAACAUGCGGCAAAUCUGGAAGAUAGGCUUAACAGAACCGCUGCGGCAAUUGAUGAGUAUAAAGCUUCAAUUCCGCCAGACCUAAGAAAUAGUCACCCCGCGCUUUUGGGCCACCUAGAUUGCAUGGCCGACCUUACGAACUUAGAUUGUGAGCCUGUAACACAACUCGCGCCACAAGGAAGCAAUCGUUAUAGUUUUACCUCUGAAAAGCAUAUUCUACCAUCCCAGCAAAAUGCGAUGUCUAAUGGCCAACUAGCCGCCGGUACAAGUGGCUUGGAUUGUGAUUGUCUUGACGGUUAUCGAAUCAAGAAGUCAACGGAGCUUUUAGCAACCCAUUCAAGGGAAAGAGCUCAAAAUAGCUCUUUAAUUGACGACUCAGAACGAGAAUCGACUAGCCCUGUCCGCAUAUAUGAUAUAACACAAAUGCAGGACAAAAACGCUCCCUACACGUAUUCAUUCCAAGAAACAGAGUUUCACCGGAGGCUGCAACGAUACUGUCUCGAAUACGCCUUUCGCUUAUUCUCCGACUCAUGUUCUAACCCACUUGAUGUUUACAGAGUUUUCAGAUUGGUCCCAUGCAUUCAGGAUAGAACUAAAAUGUACCCUCUCUUUCGAAAACUCGUGACCUCAGGUAUAAAAGAUGCGUUAGAGAUAUCAAAUCUCCCGUUUUACUCCAUCGGUGGCGCGGGGACGCAUUACCCAAAGAUGGAUGUUUUGGGAAACCCUGUCUAUCCGGCAAAUUCGAGAACCCCAAAACGGAUCCUGGGACUCUUCGGGAAACCUGGGGCAAUGAAGGAGCAUGACCAAGAAAAUGACUAUCAGAAGCUUUUAGAGGUCUAUGGAUAUGCCGGCGAGUGGUUUGAUUGUCGAGAUGUGGAAGGCUAUCUGCGAGAACAAGGGGUAGAUUUAGAAGAUUCUGCUUCAUUUCCUCCCGUGCAGUGCCAUCAGGCCUGUCAGGAAAUACAGGUGUCUGAGGCCCACGGGGAGUAUAGUUUAAAUGCACCUUGUGACGAUAUCGUGACAUUGCCUGAACCAUCCAAAAGCUGCAUCAUCGACAUCGAACAGUUCCUUAGCCGGUUGCUACACGGAGUUGUUAUCCUUGGCCGGGCGCCGGCCUUCAGAAGGACGGACGUUACGAAUGCUUUCAAGUCCGCAUUGAGGGUGCAGAUACGCUGGUUAGACAAUGAAUUCCUACAUUCCAUGGUCUAG